ACAAGAAACUUAUGUAAUGCAUCCAUUUCAGGUUGUGUUUAGUUAUUUUUUACAUUUUGUCCUUAUUCCAAAAAUUCUUAUUUGUAGUAUAAUAUUUAUUUUUGUUUGUGUUUAUAUUUAAUAAUAAUUAAAAAAGAAACUAUUUUAUCUAUUCAAGAAUAAAGUUUAGCAGUCUCAUUCUGAGCACAAUGAUCUUCAGAUAUAACACAAGCCAUGAUGUCUGAGUUUAGAAAGCUUUCCCCAGCGAGGCAGCAGAUCAAACCGAAGAUUUAGAGAUUUAACUGUAUUAUAUUAAGCUUUAACUGAAUUUUUAUAUGCAUAAUAUAAUUUAAAGCUUUUGCCUCGCAUAAAUCUUAAUGACAUAUUGUAAGUGUACACAUCAUACUACAGGGAGGAAUGGGGCCUUUUUACAGAAAAAAAAGACAACAAUGUACUUUUAGCAUUUAAAAAUGAUUUAAAUCUAUUUGUGGUUUGACCUUGGGGUGAUAGUGUCUUUGUAAAACCAGAGCAGACAUAAAUGGUUGGACAUAACUGGGUCCAGUUUAUCUUUAAGUGAAGUAGACUCUGGUGGGAAGCCAAGCUCCACACAUUGCCAGUAGUCUGGACAUCCCACUCCCGUCAGGAGCUGCACUCAUGAACGCUGGCCUCUUUCUUUUAUUACUGGAUGUCUACGAGGGUACUUUAUCUGUCGGUACAGUUUGAUUUAGACUCGUUCUGAUCGCAUUGGAACCCCCUGUUCCUGUACGUACAAACACUUCCAUCUGAUUUUCCGCAUACCUCGGUGGAGAAAAGCACCAGGAAAACAAUAUUGGUGGCAUUUUUAUCUUCUUAAACAGAAAGCAGCAGGUGUGAAACCUCCAACUCUGUAAUUAUUUCUAAUUCUGAGGCAAUUAUUACUCUUGACGACACUGUGGACGUGGUGUACCAGACAUGUUUUCGCAGUUUCCCUGGCAGCGCGCCUGUUCCUCGGUUUCCAAGUCACGACUGUGGGCUGUUUGCCUGCUGCUGACUCCCCAACGCUUCCAACAUUUCACUGGAUUAUAACCGAGGAAAGUAACCUGUUUACGGUAAACGCUGUCAUUAACGGGGGCCAUUGGGUUCUCUUAUUCUACUUGUCGCAUUUUAAGAAAGGCGAAGGCGUUAAGAGCGCGCUGAGAACCCCUUUUUCAGUGGAUAUACGCAUUUUGGCACAGCACCGUACCGAGAAGCGCACAGUGAUGCCGCAUCGGAUCCGCGUCCUGCUGCUGCUGCACCUGGCUGUGCUGCUGCUGGGCUGGCCGACCGGAGCGGGACGGGUACGAAAAAAGGCCACCAGGUCCCGGUCUUGCCUGGACCUGCCGGAGGAGAUCCUGGAGCAGAUGUUCGGUCGGCUCUCGGUGGGAGUGAUGAGUGCUUUUCACCACGCACUGGAGCUGGUGCCGCAGGACAAACUCAACCUGACGUGCCCGACCACCGCACGGUCCCCGACCGACAGCAAGACCCGCCUCCCGGUCAACCUGCUCAGCAUCUCCCCCUGGGCCUACAGAAUUUCGUACGACCCGGCAAGGUACCCCCGCUACAUCCCUGAGGCUUACUGCCUGUGUAAGGGCUGCCUGAUCGGACCGUACGGUGAGGAGAGUGACCAGUACCGCAGCACUCCGGUCUACGCUCCCUCGGUCAUCCUGAAGAGAGCGGGCUCCUGUCUCGGCGGCCGCCACUCGUACGUCGAGGUCUACGUCUCCAUCGCUGUGGGAUGCACCUGUGUGCCGCUGCUGGAGAAGGAGAGGGACGGCCAGAACAGCAACCAGAGCCUGGAGAGAUCAGAGGUCAAAACCAAAGCCAAAGCCAAACAGCUCGUCUCUGCGGCGAAGAAAGUAUGAAGGAAGCUGGACUGUUUUUGUUUUUUUACAGCUGACACACAUUUUUUGGUCUUAGUCCUUCCCCAUUGACACUUUUUUCAAUUGAAGGAAAAUACCUGUUAUGUAGAAGCCCCCGUUAGUGUCCCUAAUCAAGCACACAUUAUAUAUUUGCAUGAUGAAGGGUUUAGUAGUACAGAGGUACUGAUUGACAUCUCUGUUCAUCUUUGGGAAAUGUUUUUCAUCUGGAAGCAAAUAAGGGCGUAGUUUGUUGUCUGGUUUGCUCUCAAAUAAGAAUUAUUUGGCCUGCUUACAUUCUUGGCUUGGUUAUGACACCCUUUGGACCCAGACUUACUGAUGUCUUGACUACGGUUGUUUAAGAAUACAAAAUUCAAAGUUAUUGUAUUGGCUGGACUCAAGAGAACAUGCCUAAAAAUCCAGAGAAGACUAGAUGAAACUCUGAAGUUCAUUAUGACAUUUGAAGGGUUGGUUCAGCUCAAUGUACAAUAAAACAUAUUUGACUUACUUCUUGUAUCUAGUAAUGCAGAUAGUUUGAGUUUUUUAUGCUCAGGUUUUGAGAAAUGUAUCUGAGAUUUCUGCACCACAAAAACUUUCCUUCAUCGUAUCGGGGUGGAUGCAGAAAAAUCAGAGAUGAAUAUCUCCAAACCUGGACAAAUAAAACCACAACUAUCAGCAUGGAUAGAGAAAUAAAUGAGAAUGCGUUUAUUUGUAAUUUGGGUGGACCAACAAAGUUAACGCAAACAAAUAUUGACCAAUGGAAUAAAAUGCCUCAUUAUUAAUCAAUGCUGCCACCUACUGAUGUUGAAAUACAACUGCAAGUUCAUUCAUUCUGACCCACUUUAAUAAUAAAUUGUCAUCAAAACAACAAA